AUGCCAUCCACCAAGUCCAUCCUCGCAUCUCUCUUCGCCAUUGCUCCUUUGGCUCUUGCCCAGGACCCAGCAUGCGAUUGCUACGUGACCGAGACCGACGGUCCCAGAUACUACAAACAACGCUUGUUCUCUGACUUUCGAUCUCUUUCUCAAUAUGCUGGUGUCCCUGAUCUGAUCGACAGCAUCCAGGGGAACGCAGAUGCUGGCUUCACCUCUGACUACUUCAACUGGGAAUCUGAGUUUGCCCAGACAUGGGGUGCUCAGAAGUGGAACAACGGAAACGAGGAUUUUCCCAUGCAGAACACAUACAACAACUUGUACAUUGAGAAGAACAGCGACUCUUCUCCUGCAAGCGAUACCUGGUUGACCAUGCGAACUGCUCGUCACAAUGGCUUCCAGACCGCCUCCGAGUUCGAGUCCAUGGUCAAGCACCAAUACGUCUCUCUGCGCAUGUACGCUCGUACCCAGGGCUCGCCUGGUGCUUGUACCGCCAUGUUUACAUACCUUAAUGGCGGUUCUCUCGCCACUGUCCAGGAGGCCGAUAUCGAGAUCCUCACGAACGACGACCCUACCGUUGUCCACUACACCAACCAGCCCUCGCGCACUGACGAGGGUGAGGAGGUUAAGGGUGCUCACCUGGCUGCCAAGCUACUCGAUGGCCUCAAGUACACCGACUGGAUCAAGCACACCAUCGACUGGCACCCCGAUGUCACCAUCUGGAAGGUCAACGACAAGGAGAUCUGGCGCAACACCUUCCAGGUCCCUCGCGAUCCUUCCCAGCUGAGUUUCAACGCCUGGAGCAACGGCGAUGAUGGCUGGACUGGCACUAUCCCUGAGGGUGGUGCUGCGUACCAGCAGAUCCAGUGGAUUGAGCUUCUUUCCGAGCCCACGGAUGCUGGCUCUUGCUCGCGUGUCUGCAGUGUUGACGGCGAGGCUGGUAAGGUUGUGCCAGUCUAG